GUGCCCAUUGCUGUUUUUUUUAGCAGCUGCUCUGGCUGAUACGUAGAUAAAGACAGCGAUAGGUCCGCCUGUACCGAUGACCAAACAGUGUAAAGACCGGAAACUAUCUUCAUAACCGACUAACGUCAAACUUGGUAACGCCUUUAUGUUCCAAAGUACAACCAGAGUACCGGUUGGCUAACAAUUUGUGCAAGAGCUGUUGUCAGCAAGGAACAAAAAUGAGUCGAAGAGGUGAAAGAAACGAGGAAACGGACAAAGCUUCUGUUUCCUCAAAUGUCGCAGACGAUUCACAGAGGAUGACAACAAUUUACGCUGUGUAUCUCAUCGCCGCUUUGGAUAUCACAUGGAUGUUUUUACAGUUCUCAGUAACCCCUUAUUUGGCAAAGAAGCUCGGCUUCGACACGUUGUGGUUUGGUUAUUUGCAAACUACAGUUGGAGUUAUUCAGCUGCUCGGGGGCCCAAUGUUUGGAAGGUUUGCAGAUCUAUUUGGGGCACGGACAGCUUUGUCCCUGGCAUGUGCUUCAACUGUUGUCUUCUUUCUGCUGCUGGCCACAGCAGACACUCCAGCCAUGUUGUUCAUCCAUAAAAUCCCCACAGUCUUUAUGCAUGUCCUCCCUGCAUCACAAAUGGUUGUUACAGACCUUACAAAACCUGAGAAACGGGCCGACGCCUUAUCCAAGCUUGGUCUGUGUUUUGGCAUCGGUAUGAUAGUUGGCUCCACAUUAGGCGGACAGCUGAGCAAACUCUAUGGGGAGAAGUUUACUGCAUGUUUUGGUACUGCAGGGAGUGCCUUCAGCUUGCUGUUGGUUUUAAAGUUCAUCCCCAAAAAUACAAAAGCUGAAACAACCAGAGGCAACACUACAGAUGACAACAGAAGAAAGUCAGUAUUCAAUCUGAGUGAGAUUACGAGGCUGAUGAAGUUUCCAACAGUGAUGCAGACUUUCAUUAUCAAGAUAGUCGCAGGUUUGCCAUCAGGCAUUUUUCAAGUGAUGUUUUCUAUCAUUGCACUGGAGUUCUUUAAGCUGCAACCUGAGCAGAAUGGCUACCUGAUGGCCUAUUUUGGCAUCGUCCAAAUGGUUAUUCAAGGAGGAGUGAUCGGUCGGCUUACGGCAAGAUACUCUGACAAUUCAUUGCUGCUUCUAUCCAUUGGAGUGUCCUCUUUUGUGGGACUGGCUCAGGCAUAUAUACAGAAUGUGUGGCAGUUCUGCUUUAACAUCCUCCCGAUGAUGUUUUCUCUCAGUGUGUUUAAUGCCAUCACAGACAGCAUGCUCACCAAGAGUGUACCGUCCUCUGACACAGGCACAAUGCUGGGACUGUGCGCAUCUGUUCAAUCUCUGCUUCGCACAGUUGGACCUACUAUAGGGGGCUUCCUAAGCUCAACAUGGCUGCACAGCUCCUGGUCCAUCAUCCUUCCAGCAGACCUCAUGGAACUCUUGGAGUUGGCCACUGGAGUGAAAGUUCAGGGUAGUGGUGAUGUGGUCCUAUCCCAGCUGCCACAGGAGUCAUUUCAGUUGCUUACAUGAGAUUGUGAGAAGUGGAAAAAGUCCAGGGUGUGUGUUGUUUCACACAUUUGAAGACAAGCUGCCCCCUCCUCAGUGAAGAGCAUGCUCAGCCUUGUGUCAGGAGGCUCAGAGCCCCAUGACGCCUGGCCUGUCCUGCACGCUCUGGUCCACACUCUCACUCCCUGACAUGUGCCAGCGAUCGCUAAUCCUCCACUGACGCCUCUCGGAAGCAUCACAUUCAACAACAGAACAAUAAAUGCCCACUGCACUGACCUCAGAGGAUUGUCGCCUCUUGCUACAUCAGCCAGGAUCUCCCAUCCUCUGCUUGUGGAAGACCAUAUUGGUUACAUAGAAGCUAAUAUGGCAUAACACAAAAGGCUUCUUUAUGACACAUGUGGCUGCAUGAAAAGUCUUUGUUGUCUUUAGGAUUAAGAGUUGGAGAUUUGAAUGUUUGAAGGUAAUAUGUCUAAAAGACAGGAUGUUGAUUGAAUUUUAAUUACAACAGAGCCGAUUAGAUAACAAUAUGGUGCAGGAGUUAAAAGCGGGAAACAUGUGCGUCUGUUUGAAUUUCCAGCCAUAAGCUUUGUUUGGAUGUUGUUUGGAUGACUCAUACAGAGCAGCAUCUGUGUUCUCCAGAGAUAAAUCUGACCAUUAUUGGUCAUAUUGUUUAGACUAUCCUGUAUGAUGUAAUGACAUGUUGUGUGGGUAUUUUGAGUUCUUAAUACAGCAGAAACAAUUGAAGUUAUUGCUGGAUUUAUCUGGGAUUUACUGUAGCUGGAUGGGUCCAUUUCAAAAUUCAGGAUAGGAUAAAGUUCUAACAAUUCUGAGAAUCAGUUAUCAGCCGUGUUCCUUCUGCGCAUCAGCAAGGCACUGUGAAAAUUGGCCUUUACUCUAGGUUAAAAGAGCUUACAUGUCUAUGAUAUUUAGUCAGGGUACUGAUUUCCUCACUCUGAUUAUCACAACAUUUGGGUGACAGAUGGUGUGUCAGUGGUAAUCCCAGCUACCCAUCAGCUUGACCCUUUGCAGUGAGCCACCUCCUCCCAAACGAUCAUGCAGCACCCUCGUCCCCAAAAUCUCACCAAGCCUGCUGAGCUACGCAGCCAAAGAGCUGCUUUAAACUGGUGAGUAAUGGCUGUGUCAGCAGUCAGUAGAUGAGCCUGAGGGUUGGGGAAGGGUUAAUGGGCAGUGGGCGGGUAUAAGAGCCCCAUUGGAUCCAUUGUUAACACCAGACGUACAGUAAACACUUACUGUACUGUGAAUUCAUGCCAACUGCAAACACAAAAAUAAUGUGAUUCAAAUGAUAAUAUGAAUAGCUCGUUUGUUCUUUAACAGCAUAAAACUGUAAAUAAUUCUGUUUUUUCUUCAUGAGCAUCUGGAAACAAUACAUACCUGAACUCAACUUUCCAGAUCAAAAAAAAGUAAACCACAUUAACAGAACAUAAACUAUCACCCUAACAUUUUUGUACAGUCAAAAAAGGGCAUGAUAACCAGGUGACACAAAAAUGUACCCCCCGGUAUGACUCAUUGUAUAAAUGCCACAGUUUUGAAUUUUCUGAAAUUGAAAAGUCUGCAUCUGUCUCCUGAUUUUGUGAUAAUUUGCGCACAUUUUUUCUCUCGCUGACAUGCCUUUUAGAAAGUACAACUCGCUUUCAUUUUGUAAAACAAAGUAGUGGCAUUGUAUUGUUAACUUCACAAAAUAUUGCAAUGGUCAGUUAAGUUGCCUCAUUUGCUGUAAGCUUCUUGUUUCCUCUGCAUUUCCACGGGGGUCCUAAUCUCAUCUAAAGUCAUCUGCCUUAAUCCACAGCAGCAGAAGCAGUGGUUGAAGUAAAUUAGGUCUUUGACUGAUAGCCAUCUGCCAACAAAUGUAUAAACAGUUUGUUUUACUGCUGCUAAUGCAGAAAUGAAAUGUAGACAGAGAAAAGUAGAUGUACAUAAUCUGACAUUAAAAAUGACUUUAAUGGAAAA